GGCUGCCCCGUGCCCCGCCUCGCCCUGCAGCCUGGCCGGCGGGAGGGAUGCGCCGUGCCGCCCUACUCCCCUCCGCCCGGCCCGUGCCCUGAAGCAGAAAGUUUGGGGGACCCCCCCUCCAGUGACUGCCCAAGGACUCCUGCUGCCCAGCCUCGAUGGUAACCUGCCUUCGCUCCCCAGGUCGGAAUGAAUGAUUCCGAGGCACCCCCUUCUCGCCCCCCCCUCGUCCGCCUUUAAGAAAAACAAUUGUGAUUAUUUUUGAUUCAAGAAAUCGUGGUCUGUCCCCGCCCCGCUCCUUGUUAAGAGUCGAAGACCCCAGGCCUCAUUUCUCAGUGGAAGGAGGGGUGCGAUCUCCCCCCAAGACAGCGCGCUAGAAGGACAGAUUCCCCUUGCCGACCCACAUACACCAUGCAAAGGUGCAAAUCGGACGAGCUGCAGCCGCCGCGGGGCGAGGAGGAUGGAGCGGGGCCGGACGAGGCGGGCGGACACCUGCCGGGGGCCGACCCCCGGCCCGGGGAGGCCUCGGGCGCCAACUCCGCGGGCGGCCCAACUUCAGAGGCCGCCCCUGCGGCGCCACCCAACCCGGGUCCCCGAAGCAAACCUCCCGAUUUAAAGAAAAUCCAGCAGCUCUCAGAGGGCUCCAUGUUUGGCCACGGACUGAAGCACCUGUUCCACAGCCGCCGCCGGUCUCGGGAGAGGGAGCACCAGGCGUAUCCGGAUUCCCAGCCUCCGCCCCAGCAGCAGGGCAUGUCCGACCAUGACUCCCCGGAUGAGAAGGAGCGCUCCCCAGAGAUGCACCGUGUCUCCUACGCCAUGUCCCUGCACGACCUGCCGGCGCGGCCCACCGCCUUCAACCGCGUGCUGCAGCAGAUCCGCUCCCGGCCCUCCAUCAAGAGGGGUGCCAGCCUGCACAGCAGCGGAGGGGGCAGCGGCAGCGGGAGCAGCAGCCGGCGCACCAAGAGCAGCUCCCUGGAGCCCCAGCGUGGCAGCCCCCACCUGCUGCGCAAGGCCCCCCAGGAGAGCAGCCUGGCAGCCAUCCUGCACCAGCACCAGUGCCGGCCCCGCUCCUCCUCCACCACCGACACCGCCCUGCUGCUGGCUGAUGGUAGCAACGUGUACCUCCUGGCCGAGGAGGCCGAAGGCAUCGGGGACAAGGGUGACAAAGGUGACCUGGCGGCCCUGAGCCUCACUUCCGGCCCUGGCCAUGGUGACAGCGAUGGCCCCAUCAGCCUGGACGUGCCCGACGGGGCGCCGGACCCGCAGCGCACCAAGGCCGCCAUCGAUCACCUGCACCAGAAGAUCCUGAAGAUCACCGAGCAGAUCAAGAUCGAGCAGGAGGCGCGGGACGACAACGUGGCGGAGUACCUGAAGCUGGCCAACAACGCGGACAAGCAGCAGGUGUCGCGCAUCAAGCAGGUGUUCGAGAAGAAGAACCAGAAGUCGGCCCAGACCAUCGCCCAGCUGCACAAGAAGCUGGAGCACUACCGGCGGCGCCUGCGGGAGAUCGAGCAGAACGGGCCGUCCAGGCAGCCCAAGGACGUGCUGCGGGACAUGCAGCAGGGGCUCAAGGACGUGGGCGCCAACGUGCGCGCGGGCAUCAGCGGCUUCGGGGGCGGCGUGGUGGAGGGCGUCAAGGGCAGCCUGUCGGGCCUGUCGCAGGCCACGCACUCGGCCGUGGUGUCCAAGCCCCGCGAGUUCGCCAGCCUCAUCCGCAACAAGUUCGGCAGCGCGGACAACAUCGCGCACCUGAAGGACCCCCUGGAGGACGCGGGGCCCGAGGAGGCGGCGCGCGCGCUCAGCGGCAGCGCCACGCUCGUGUCCAGCCCCAAGUACGGCAGCGACGACGAGUGCUCCAGCGCCAGCGCCAGCUCGGCCGGCGCGGGCAGCAACUCGGGCGCCGCGGGGCCGGCGGGCGCGCUGGGCAGCCCGCGCGCCAACGCGCUGUACGGCGCCCCCGGGAACCUGGACGCCCUGCUGGAGGAGCUGCGGGAGAUCAAGGAGGGCCAGUCCCACCUGGAGGACUCCAUGGAGGACCUGAAGACCCAGCUGCAGAGGGAUUACUCCUACAUGACCCAGUGCCUGCAGGAGGAGCGCUACAGGUACGAGCGGCUGGAGGAGCAGCUCAACGACCUGACUGAGCUUCACCAGAAUGAGAUGACCAACCUGAAGCAGGAGCUGGCCAGCAUGGAGGAGAAGGUAGCCUACCAGUCCUACGAGAGGGCACGGGACAUCCAGGAGGCUGUGGAGUCCUGCCUGACGAGAGUCACCAAGCUGGAGCUGCAGCAGCAGCAGCAGCAAGUGGUGCAGCUGGAGGGCGUGGAGAACGCCAACGCGCGGGCGCUGCUGGGCAAGUUCAUCAACGUGAUCCUGGCGCUCAUGGCUGUGCUGCUGGUGUUCGUGUCCACCAUCGCCAACUUCAUCACGCCCCUCAUGAAGACGCGCCUGCGCAUCACCAGCACCGCCCUCCUGGUCCUCGUCCUCUUCCUGCUCUGGAAGCACUGGGACAUCCUCACCUACCUCCUGGAGCACGUGCUGCUGCCCAGCUGAGCAGCCGGCCCCGCCCCGCCCGCCCCGCCCUCUCCAGGAGGGACCCUGGGACUCGUGUGUCCCUUGGACUUCGUUUGUGUGUUGGGUUUGGCCUCUUGCCCAAACUGUCCAUUUGGCAGCUUCUGCCCUUUCUCUGUACUUGCUUAUGUCCAACACCUUCUCCCUGUUGGCCCCGACUGGAGGUAGAGGGAACACCUUGGCCAAAUGAAGCAGAGGAGGACGCCAGGGCUGAUUGUUUGGAUUAUUCAGUCACGCAGAACAUCUCCCAACUGGCCUUGGGAUGGCUCAGGUCAGGAAGGCCACUAAGACAGGAGAAAGCCAGCUCUCCCUGGGCUUCCCCCAGGAAAGGCCCAACCCUGGGGACCCGCCGCAGCCCCUUCCAGUGGAGAUAGUCAGGAUGGAGGCUGGCCCCAGCGAGCACAGGAUGGAGUGGGGCGCAGUGUUCUGGUCUUUCAGGGCCAGUGUGCAGCCACUUGGGAGCUCAGUCUAUCCUUUACCCCUCUUCUGGGUUUUGAGGCUGGCAUCCAGGGCUGGGCUGUUUCUGAUUGGCAGGAUGCAGGCUCUGGAUGCAGGCCCAGUGGCGUGUGACUUUGAAUUUGGGUUUUCCCUGCUCACCUUUCUGCCCACCUUGUCACUGGAUCUGCUAUUUUCAGGGAAACAGGCCCCAGAGGCAUGAGCCUCAGCCCAAGCCCUUAGGCCUCUGGGAGCAGGUAGGGUUCUAUCUAUUUAUUUAUUUAUUUCCAGUCCCAUCCUAUCCUAUCCCCGUAUCUGCCCCACUGGGCUCCAGGGAGAGGACUUAUCCCUUCUCCCUCUGAAGCCAGGGCUGAUUCUCAGCUCAUUGCACUUCCAUACCUUGUAGCCUCUCCUAGCUGGGGGGCGUGACCACCCGGCAUCUCCCAGGCAUCCCCACGACUGGGUGGGAGGAACGUGGCCUCUCUUUUAUAUAUGUCUAUUUAUUUUAUAUGUGUGUAUUUGUGGAGGAAGAGGUGGUUUAUUGAUUAUUUUUUUAAGGCUCUGGAGCGGUGUGUAUAGUUUCUCUGCACAUCCCCGCUUCCCCAUGGGCACUUCCAAGCACAGAGGGGUCUUCUCGCACAGGAGAGAGGAAUCCCCUAGGGAAGAGAGAGCGGUGCCCGCCAGCUGUUGUGGACCAUCCCAAGAAAUAAAUAUCCUCUAAAUUUUCAAACCA